CGCGCGCGUGCCGCGAGAUCCAGUUCCGGCGGGCGGGCUGGCGGCGGCGGCGCCCUCAGGGCCAUGGGUCCCGCCGAGGCCGAGUUCCUGGCCGAGAAGGAGCUGGUGACCGUCAUCCCCAACUUCAGCCUGGACCGCAUCUACCUCAUCGGGGGGGAUUUGGGUCCCUUUAAUCCUGGCUUGCCUGUGGAAGUGCCUCUUUGGCUAGCUGUUAACCUAAAACAGAGACAGAAGUGUCGGCUAAUACCUCCUGAAUGGAUGGAUGCUGAAAAGCUGGAGGAAAUCCGGGAUCAGGAACGCAAAGAGGACACUUUCACUCCAAUGCCCAGUCCCUACUACAUGGAACUAACUAAGCUGCUGUUAAACUAUGCCUCAGAUAGCAUCCCGAAAGCAGAUGAAAUCCGAACACUGGUUAAGGAUACCUGGGAUACACGGCUAGCUAAACUGCGGCUGUCUGCGGACAGCUUUGUCAGACAGCAGGAGGCCCAUGCCAAGCUGGAUAAUCUGACCUUGAUGGAGAUCAACACCACUGGGACUUUUCUUACUCAAGCCUUAGAUCACAUGUACAAGCUACGCACAAACCUUCAGCCGGGUGAGAGUGCCCAGUCUCAGGAUUUCUAAGAUGCCUUCUGACAGUCUAAAACCCUCAUGGGAUGAGGCAAUAAUAGUAGGAGGACUCUGCCCUAUGGACACUAUUAAUGAGUCCUAAUGGAACUUGCCUUAUGCUGUUUUUAUGUCUUAAAUGCCCUGUAUAGAUCUCUGCUAAAAACCAUGCAAGUCUUAUACAUUUCCUGUCAAUUGUGUCUAACUUGAGGCUCUGUGGUGUUUGCAUGAAGGCUGGUUUCCCUCAGUUUGCAUGCAGGCAAUAGAAAGAAGGCAGCCUUGUGGCUGCAUAUUAAUAAGUUGAGGACUGCUGAUGGCACAGAGGGCAUUCCCUGCUCAGCAGCUCUCGUGAACAGCUUCUGCUCUAUAAUGAGCAUCUUUGGCAAAACAAAUGAUUCUACCUGGCAGAACUCUUCCAGUCCCAUGUGCAGCUGUCUUUGCAAGAUGAACUGGUUGCAGCAGUUAGAUGCUGUGGGGAGGUUUUUCUUGUUAUUGCCUUAUUGGUGGGAUUUUUUAUAUCUCUUAAAUGAUAUGUAGCAGCAAUAAAUAUGCUCUUAGUUUA